AUGAGCGAUCUGGACAAGGCCAUCGCGCAAUUGCGCUCAUGUCGCCCCAUCCCCGAAACCCAAGUCAGGGAACUCUGCUACAAGGCCCGCGAGUUGUUGAUUGAAGAGGGCAAUGUUGUCACAGUGAAUGCGCCCGUCACGGUGAGCUCAUCUCUCUUACUCCUCCUCUUCCAUGUGCUCAUGCGCGCCAGANUAUGCGGCGACAUCCACGGCCAGUUCCACGACCUGAUGGAGCUCUUCCGCGUCGGCGGCGAUGUCCCCGACACCAACUACCUCUUCAUGGGUGCGCUUCUUAUGAUCACAUCAACUCCUGCAUCAGCUCACAUCCUCCAGNGCGACUUUGUCGACCGCGGCUUCUACUCGCUCGAAUCCUUCCUCCUCCUCCUCUGCCUCAAAGUCCGCUACCCCGAUCGCAUCACCCUGAUCCGCGGCAAUCACGAAUCGCGACAAAUCACCACCGUCUACGGCUUUUACGAUGAAUGUCUACGAAAAUACGGCAGCGCCAACGUCUGGCGAUAUUGCUGCGAGGUCUUUGACUACCUGGCUCUCGGCGCUCUGAUCCUCGGCGCGGCUUCAGAGCUUGCUCCCACUUCUGCAGAGCUGCCAUUGGACGCUCAACAACCCUUCCCCGAAUCUCUCGAAGACGUCGAGAUCGAGAUCAUUAAUUCACACAAUCAAGUCAUGAACCGCUUCCCUCGCCCGAAACCCUCUACCGAAUCUUCCGUACCGAACAGUCCUUCACACACCGGCCCUGCAGGUACAGGCGCAACCUCAUCGAGCGGUGGAUCCGCCUCAAAUCAAGGAGGUGCCGUGCUAUGUGUUCACGGCGGUCUGAGUCCCCUGAUCGACAGCAUUGAUAAGAUCAGAUUGAUCGACCGCAAGCAAGAAGUGCCCCACGAAGGCGCCAUGUGCGAUCUCCUAUGGUCCGACCCCGACGAUAUCGACGGCUGGGGUCUGUCACCACGAGGAGCCGGCUUCCUUUUCGGUGCCGAUAUCGUCAAGCACUUCAACCACAAGAACGAUCUCAGUCUAAUAGCCAGAGCACAUCAACUGGUCAUGGAAGGCUUCAAGGAGAUGUUCGACAAUACAAUCGUUACUGUCUGGAGUGCGCCCAACUACUGCUACCGCUGUGGAAACGUCGCUGCAAUCUUGGAGUUGUCGGAAGAUGGUGCCAAUGGCGGAUAUACACCACGCAGCAAUGGAGAAGUCGAGAGGUCACCGGGUGUUGUCACAGACAUGGUCUUGAAACAAGGUCCAGGCCGGAGGUAUCGUGUCUUUGAAGCUGCGCCGCAGGAUUCGAGAGGAAUGCCUGCAAAGAAGCCAGUUGCCGAUUAUUUCUUGUAA